AUGAGUGGACAUCCCUUUGCAUUUUCAUCUGCUCCUCUUCGACGUGUAGAUGCUGUUCAAUUCGGUAUCCUCUCGCCUGCUGAGAUUAAAGCAAUGUCCGUCGCCAAGAUUGAAUAUCCUGAAUUAUACGACGAAGGCACUCAAAAGCCUAGAAAUGGCGGUUUGUUGGAUCCUCGUAUGGGUACUAUUGAUCGUAAUUAUAAAUGCCAAACCUGUGGUGAAGGCAUGGCUGAAUGCCCGGGUCAUUUUGGCCAUAUUGAAUUGGCUAAACCUGUCUAUCAUAUUGGUUUCUUGACAAAAGUGAAGAAGAUUCUUGAGUGUGUUUGUUUCCAUUGCUCCAAGCUCAAGGUCGAUGAAACCAAUCCUCGUUUCGAAAGAGCAAAGAAAAUUACCGAUUCAAAAGCUAAGCUUCGUGCAGUGUGGGACCUUGCCAAAGCAAAAAUGACUUGUGAAGGCAGCGACGAAGCUGAAGGCGGUUUAGAAGAAAAGGAAGAGUUUGACAAUGGCAAGCGCAAGAGCACACACGGUGGCUGCGGCUACAAACAGCCUCUUAUUCGUAAGGAUGGCUUGAAGUUGUACGCCCAGUUCCGUGCUAGUGCAGGAGAUGACUCUGGCAAUGAAGGAAGACAACAGCUGACUGCUGCCAAAGUACUGCAGAUUCUCAAGAACAUCUCUGACAAGGAUAUCCGUGAUAUGGGCUUAUCUGAAGAGUUUGCUCGCCCUGAAUGGAUGAUUACAACGGUCUUACCUGUGCCUCCACCUCAAGUGCGUCCCUCUAUUCAAAUGGAUGGUACCAGUCGUGGUGAAGAUGAUUUGACCCACAAAUUGUCUGACGUUCUCAAGGCAAACGGCAAUGUAAAGCGUUGUGAAUCAGAAGGUGCUCCCGUACACGUUGUCCAAGAAUUUGAGCAGCUCUUGCAGUUCCAUAUUGCUACCUACAUGGAUAACGAUAUCGCUGGUCAGCCUCAAGCUUUGCAAAAGUCGGGCAGACCUCUCAAAUCUAUUCGUGCUCGUCUUAAGGGUAAAGAAGGUCGUCUUCGUGGUAAUCUUAUGGGUAAACGUGUAGAUUUCUCUGCACGUACUGUUAUUACUGGUGAUCCCAAUCUUGCCCUGGAUCAAGUGGGUGUUCCUCGUAGUAUUGCCCGUAAUUUAACCUAUCCUGAAAUCGUUACUCCUUAUAACAUUGACAGACUGCAAGUCUUGGUGCGCAAUGGCCCAUUGGAACAUCCAGGUGCUAAAUAUGUUAUUCGUGAUAAUGGUGAGCGUAUAGAUUUGCGUUAUCGCAAGCGUGCUGGUGAAAUCCCACUUCAAUAUGGCUACCGCGUUGAAAGACACAUCAACGACGACGAUGUUGUCAUUUUCAACCGUCAACCCUCUCUUCACAAAAUGUCCAUGAUGGGCCAUCGUGUGCGUGUGAUGCCUUACUCUACCUUCCGUCUCAACUUGUCUGUCACUUCGCCUUACAAUGCUGAUUUUGAUGGUGAUGAAAUGAAUCUUCACGUCCCUCAGUCCUUGGAAACCAGAGCUGAAGUUACUGAAAUCUGUAUGGUGCCCAAGCAAAUUGUAUCUCCUCAGUCCAACAAGCCUGUCAUGGGUAUUGUGCAAGAUACGCUCUGUGGUAUCCGUAAAUUCACGCUUCGUGAUUGCUUCUUGACCAAGGAUCUCGUUAUGAAUAUCGUCAUGUGGGUUCCCUCUUGGGAUGGUUAUAUUCCCCCUCCUGCUAUCCUCAAACCAAAGCCCAUGUGGACCGGUAAGCAAAUCCUGGCUAUGGUGAUUCCUAAGGGUAUCAAUUGUCAAACCUUCCAUUCCACGCAUCCUGAUGGCGAAACCACCUUGAUCUCUCCUGGCGAUACGCGUGUUAUCAUCGAGAACGGUGAAUUGAUCUGUGGUAUUGUGUGUAAAAAGACGGUUGGUACUGCUGGCGGUGGUCUUAUUCACACCAUCAUGAAUGAAUUGGGCCCUGAAGCUGCUAAAAACUUCUUGGGUGGCACUCAGCAAGUUGUCAACUACUGGCUCUUGCAAAAUGGCUUCAGUAUCGGUAUCGGUGACACCAUUGCUGACAAGGCCUCCAUGACAACCAUCACCAACAUUAUUUCGCAAGCCAAGCAGCGUGUGCAAGAGGUGAUUAUCACUGCUCAGCAAGACAAGCUGGAAGUGCAGCCUGGUAUGACUUUGCGUGAAUCUUUCGAAGCCAAGGUCAAUCAAACACUCAACAAGGCUCGUGAUGAUGCUGGUAAGAUGGCUCAAAACAGUUUGAAGGAGGACAACAAUGUCAAGCAAAUGGUUAUCUCUGGUUCCAAGGGUUCUUUCAUUAAUAUCUCUCAAAUGUCUGCUUGUGUCGGUCAACAGAACGUCGAAGGUAAACGUAUUCCUUAUGGCUUCAAGUUCCGUACCCUUCCCCAUUUCUCCAAGGAUGACCACAGCCCUGAGAGUCGUGGUUUCGUCGAAAACUCCUACUUGCGAGGCUUAACGCCCACCGAGUUCUUCUUCCACGCUAUGGGUGGUCGUGAAGGUUUGAUCGAUACUGCUGUCAAGACUGCUGAAACUGGUUAUAUCCAACGUCGUCUUGUCAAGGCUCUGGAAGAUGUGAUGGUCAAGUACGAUGGUACUGUGCGUAAUUCGCUAGGUGAUAUCAUUGAGUUCUGUUACGGUGAAGACGGUAUGGAUGCCAUGUCGGUGGAAAGCCAAAAGUUUUUUUCGCUCAAGUGCAACGAGCAAGAGUUCGAGAAGCGUUACAAGGUUGAUGUCAUGAACAAGGGCUUCCGUAAGGGUGCUCUCAACUACAAUGUGCUCAAGAGCAUUGAAGGUAGCGAAACUGCUCAAUCCUACUUGGACCAUGAAUUCCACCAGCUGUCUGAAGACCGUCAAAAGCUGAGAACUGUCAUCUUCAAGAACGGUGAUGACAAGUGGCCCUUGCCUGUCAAUCUCUCACGUCUGAUUACCAACUCACAGCAAAUCUUCCAUCUGGACCCUCGCAAGCCCUCUGACAUUCACCCUCUGCAAAUUGUGGACGGCAUCAAUGCGCUUGCUCAACGUCUACUAGUUGUGCGUGGUUCUGACAAGAUUUCCAGCGAGACUCAAAAGAACGCUACCUUGCUGUUCCAAAUCUUGCUCCGUUCUACCUUUUCUGUAAAGCGUGUAGUGGAGGAGUUCCACUUGACAUCUCAAGCAUUCGAAUGGAUUCUCGGAGAAAUUGAAUCUCGCUUCUUGACCUCCAUCGUCGCCCCUGGUGAGAUGGUUGGUACCAUUGCCGCCCAGUCUAUCGGUGAACCUGCUACCCAAAUGACAUUGAAUACUUUCCAUUAUGCUGGUGUGUCCAGUAAGAACGUCACCCUUGGUGUCCCCCGUUUGAAGGAAAUUAUCAACGUUGCCAAGAACAUCAAGACGCCUCGUCUGGAAGUGUGGUUGGAUGCAGAGCGAUCCCGCAACAUUGAAUUGGCGAAGGAAGUCCAGGUUAAUCUCGAGCACACAACACUGCAAAAGGUUACCUCUGUCACUGAGAUUUACUAUGAUCCUGACCCAAGAAACACCAUUAUUGAAGAAGAUGCUGAUUUCGUCGAUACCUACUAUCAAUUGGAAGAUGACAACUCUGCCUUCGUCACGCGUGUGUCUCCUUGGUUGCUUCGUAUUGAAUUGAACCGUGGUAUGAUGAUUGAUAAGCGUCUCAACAUCACAGAGGUGGUACAAAAGAUCUCUGAGGAAUUCCGCAGCGAUUUGCAUGUCAUGGGCAGUGAUGAGAACUCUGAAAAGCUAGUGAUUCGUUGCAGAGUCAUGAUGGAUGAGAACGAAGACAAGGACAUGGAUGAAGAGGAUACUCGCUCUGAAGAGGAUACCUUUUUGCGUAAACUGGAAGCCAGUAUGUUGGGCUCUAUCAAUCUUCGUGGUAUUCCUGGCAUCAGAAAGGUCUACAUUGUCGAGCGUAAGAACACCAUUCUCAACGAAAAGGGCAACUUUGAAACUACUACUGAAUGGGGUCUUGAUACCGAUGGUAUCAAUCUUCAAGAAGUUAUGUGUCAAUACGGUGUGGAUGAGACUCGUACUUACUCCAACAACACUGUUGAAAUCAUGGAGGUACUUGGUAUUGAAGCUACUCGUAAGGCUCUUCUUAAGGAACUGCGUAACGUUAUUGAAUUUGAUGGUUCCUAUGUCAACUACCGUCACUUGGCCUUGCUCUGUGAUGUGAUGACUAACCGUGGCCAUUUAAUGGCUAUCACUCGUCAUGGUAUCAAUAGAGCUGAAACUGGUGCAUUGAUGAGAUGUUCCUUUGAAGAAACAGUUGAAAUUCUGAUGGAAGCUGCUGCUGUCGGUGAGCUGGAUGACUGUAGAGGUGUUGCUGAAAACAUCAUGCUAGGUCAAAUGGCUCCUCUUGGUACUGGUGAGUUUGAUGUCAUGUUGGAUGAAGAGAUGUUACAAUCCGUGCCUCAAGAUCACAGACAAAACAUGCAAAUGGGUGUCGCUGGCGAUGUUGCUGGUUUCGCUACGCCUGGUCCUGGUUACAUGACUCCCAACAUGGCUACACCUUACGAUACUCGUUCUCCUGAUUGGGUUGACUUUUCACAGCCAUCAUCUCCUUCAGAGCCCAUGUUCUCUCCAAUGGGUAACUCGGGUGCUGCCACAUCCAUUGCUAGUCCUUGGCGCGGCGAUCUUAGUCCUUAUGCACAGAGUCCUGGUUAUUCUCCUACAUCGCCAGGCUACUCACCCUCUAGUCCAUCUUAUGCUGCAUCUCCCGGCUAUUCACCUGCUUCGCCCAAUUAUUCACCUACAAGCCCAAGCUAUAGUCCCACAUCGCCUAGCUACAGUCCAACAUCGCCUAGCUACAGCCCCACAUCGCCUAGUUACUCACCAACUAGUCCUAGCUACUCGCCCACUAGUCCCAGCUAUAGUCCUACUUCACCUAGCUACAGCCCUACUUCGCCUAGUUACAGCCCAACUUCACCCAGUUAUAGUCCUACAUCACCUAGUUACAGUCCAACUAGUCCUAGCUAUAGCCCUACAUCUCCAAGUUACUCCCCUACUAGUCCUAGCUACAGCCCCACAUCACCAAGCUAUAGCCCCACAAGUCCAAGCUACAGCCCCACAUCGCCUAGCUACAGCCCUACGAGUCCCAGCUAUAGCCCAACGAGUCCAAGCUAUUCACCUACGAGUCCUAGCUACAGUCCUACCAGCCCUAGUUACUCGCCUACUAGCCCAAGCUACUCACCUACCUCCCCUAGUUACAGUCCUACUUCUCCUAGCUAUAGUCCUACUAGCCCUAGCUACAGUCCUACCUCCCCUACUUAUGGUUCUUCAAGUAGCAAUGGAAAGAACAAGAAGUAA